AUGAGGCGGUACAGGAGCGCGGGAGAGGAGGUCAUGGAUGCUGCCGGCGCCUGGAGACAGCCCCAGCGCCCCAGGGGCCGGUACAUGCGUUCGUCGGGUGUCAGUCGCGAGGAUUUCAUCGCGAACGAGGAGAGGAGGAGCCGGUCGUGCGCGGCGUUUGCACUCGCCGGCGGAUUGGCCCUGAUCAUCGCGGGCUCGGUGAUCAUGAGACGCGCGGACUACGGACACGUCAAAUCGCACCUGGUGGAGGAGUACAACAAAGCUGUCGACGCCUGGACGACCGAGCACGCCAAAACUUUCAACGCGACGACGUUCGAGGUCAAGUUCGGGGACACCGUGGUACCCGCGGUGUUCACGGACGCGGCUCCCGCCGUGGACGGCGCUUGGGGCACGAGCCACGCGUACGAACCCGUCGCGUUUGAGGUGGCGUCUCUGCUGGAAACGGUGGCGAUUCCGGACAUGCAGGCCGCGGGAAUGCUCCCGGACAAGCUACCGACGCUGGGAGAGAUCAAGGCGAACGUCAGGGUGCCCGCGAGCGCCGCCUCGGGCACGGGCGGGGAGGAUGGAGACGGCGACGGCGACACAGCUGGCGAAGACGCGGGUCGGGGAGACGUGGACGAUCCCGCCGACCACGCGCCGUACAACGCCACGGCGGUGCUCGAAUACCUCAUGACCCCGAGGGAGCUCGCCGUCGUCGUCAAACGAGAGGGAGGAGAGGACGACGUGGUGCCCGUGGGGUCGUAUCCACUCGUCACCAGACGGGUGAGCGGCGUGAACGGGUGGAAGGUGUGCAAGUUUCAGAGGGCGGGAUACUACCACAGGGGAACGUGCACCACGUACGAGGUAACCUCGAACCUCUGCGCCAAGGUGAAGCUGGCCGACGGAACGUGGAGAUUAGACGAUACCUACGGCGGCCCGGGUUGCAGCCCGCGGGGGAAGUGGGACGUGCCGGAGCGCAAGCGGAUCCGAGCCCCGACGCAGGGGAACGCGCCCAAACUUUCGUCGGUGCGGCUCACGGGCGCGGGCCGCGCGGUUUUGCACGACGGCCACGACCCCCUGUUCACCGCGAUGAACCUGACGGGGGGGAGCCUAUUUUUCGCGGAGAGUGCGGCGGAGUCCAGCGCGAUGGCGACGGUGAUGCUCAUCGUCGGAGUCGCCAUGUUGGUCCCGGCAACAGUGCUCGGGUACCCGCGCGUGAGACAGUGGGUCGGCGGCGGAUCGCGAGGCGGGUCCAGGAGGUACAGGCAGGGCAGGGGGAUCGAGCGAGACCAGUUCGACGAUGUUCUCUGAGGAGAGCGAGAGCGUAGAGGUUCCGGGAAAGUAGCAUAGCGGAAUGUUCAUGGCAAGCAACUCGUCUUU